CUCACUCGAUCUGGGGACGCUGGCUCGAGCGAGCCACCGAGGGCGCCGAGGUGCAGUAGUCAAACAAUGCUCCGACCGCUCGGGUGUGCGCGUCGCGGCUAAGAACGAGGACACGAGGAGCUCGAGGUAACGCGAGAUCGUUUGACGUUUCGUUAUGAGGUACGCGGGACGCCCGACGCGGUUUGCUUAACGCGCGCGUGUUCCCGCUCGGUCCUCUCGGUCCGCGUUUUCUCUCGCGUGUCGCGUCGCGUCCGGCAGGAAGGUCCGCAGAACACGCAGGAGAUGGCCGUGGAACCUCGCGUGACCGGGAACGCGAAGCCCCUGGUGCCGCUCUUCACGAAGGCGUCCGACUGCGUCAACACCAGCUGCUACUGCGAGGAAAACGUGUGGAAGCUCUGUCAAGACGUAGCGACUAGGCACCCUUCCGAAUUGCAACAUUGUCACGUUGUUUUCGUAAGCAACCCACGACGCAGCGUUCCCCUUUGGCGUCAACGAUCGGGGAAGGACGAGGACAAGUUAGUCGUGUGGGACUAUCAUGCUAUUCUCAUCUACGCGCCCGACGAAAGGGCGGUGGUGUACGAUUUAGAAAGCUGCCUGCCGUUUCCCACGCAUUUCUGGAAAUACGCGACCGAGACCUUCCGUUCCGACGAGGCGCUGCGACCCGAGUAUCACAGAAGAUUCCGUCUGGUGCCCGCCAGCGUGUACUUACAGCAGUUCGCGUCGAAUCGGCAUCACAUGAAACGCAAGGACGGCACUUGGAUCAAGACACCGCCGGAUUAUCCUCCGAUCUCGACACCAACCUGCAAGGAUAAUCUCGACUCGUUCAUCAACAUGGAGCCUGGAACCGGAUUAGGCGUUGUAUUGAGUUUGAAACAAUUAGUUAACCGAUUUUAUAGGCCAAAUGUCAACACACCGGCGCCGGCGCCGCCUCAGCCGCAAGCCACGGCAACUUAAAUCGCGACGUGGCAACGCGACGUUCGUACGCUUUGAUUAAACAUCUUGGAAAUCAAUUGUAUGGCCUAAGGAAAUUGGUUUGGUGCGUGCACCUACGUGGGCUAAAAUACUUGAUCGAAAUUUGAUAAUAAUGCUAGUUAAUUGCUGCUAAUUAUGGCAGAAUUUCAAUUAUAAAGUUGUAUUGCUAUUUGAGCGGGGGGAUUUGCUCGGAAACCGAGUUGGAACCGAGGUGGUUUUAGCUGAAUUAAAUUUGUUAUCGCGUUGUGAUACUUUUGUCAAAGUUUCGUCACAUCGUGAGAGUGGAUGUUUUAGAUAAUUCAGAUAAGUUUGUCAAUUGUUAUUGAUUAUUUUCUCGCCCCUCUAUCUUAAUACGAAAAUUUCGCGCGUAAACCUUCGGGUAGCGUGAAACCAAUGAGUACGUGAAAUUAUCAAUGCAGGUAUCAAUUAAUUAUUUAUCUGUUAUUAUUAACCGAAACAUCCCGGUUCUAGGUAGAAAGAUUUAAAAAUUUCAUGUUUUAUCCACAAUCAAAACCUACAUAUAAUCGAUAACAGAAACACGCACUUUUUGCAAUAUAAUAACGGGAUUAACGUCUUAUUCUCCAAUCGAGUGAUUUGGCUUGCCGCGCAUGAAGAACGAUUCUGCUGAGCUGCUUUUUGAAUACUCUCGAUAAGUGCUUAUGCAUCGUAUUAAUGUACUCCAUCGCGAAAUCCAUUUUCUCUCUUCUACUAAAGUCUCCUUUGCAAAAUUUAUCCGGAGGAACGUCCUCCUCCGGCAAAUGUAGCACAUCGCAUUUCGACCCACCUUUCCUGAACUCGAAUUCGUAUUUUAUAUAAGUACUUUCGUCUCCAUGCCAUAAAGCGAUAUUUCUCACGGCUUUAUUCUGUCAGUGGUGUUAUUAUAAUUAUUGUGUCAAAGACUGAUGUAUUUACAGAGAAUUAUCCGACUUGAUAGAGAUCCCCUUUGUCUAUCGGCGCGUGCUCGGAGCGCGGGACGCGAUUAAAAGCGCUUAUAAUUACUGUGCGAUCGAUGUAGUAAGGUCAAGAACUUAAUCUUUGCGACGUAACGUAAUUAUUACGAUUAUUGUAAUUCUUGUGAUACUUUACACUUUCUACUUUGAAUACCUACGCUAUACUUACCUAUUACUGUUUAAACUAAAAGUCGAUUCUUAAGAGAUACAUGUUCGCUUGUUGAGCGGCUUCCCUAAUCGGCGUAUUAGGCUUGAAUGAAUACGCGACAUCGUCACGCGACCAAUUGUUAACAUCGAAGAACCUGUUGACUCAACGAAUGCACGUCGCUUUAGUGACGAUAGGAACAAGUUUUGACAACGAAUGCUUUAAAUUCUCUAUCUGUUCUGUAAUUAAGAUCAGCAAAAUAUGUUCUAUCCGUUAAGAUUUAAUGUCUUAUCGUUAUUUUUCGAUUUUACGUACGAGAUAUUGAAUAUUUUAUUAAGUCUAUACUGUCCGAUUUAUUACCUCACUCUCAAGACUUUAUCAUAAAUGUUUAUUUUUGCGGAUUUGCGAUUAACUCUUUGUGAUUCAAGUAUGAAUAAAUAAUUUACAUUUAAACGUUCACGAUUACGGAGUAACCUUGAUACAUCAGAAUAGCCAGUGUUAACUUGGAUAUAAGUGUAAAAUGCUCACCACCUCCGUUCAGCAUGAUGUAACCUUGGAACGCAAAGGGUUAAAUCGCGUGUUAUGUUAUGCACAUUUUAUCAGAUGUGACAGCCUUGAAAGUUCAGCCUUUGUGCGGACUUUCUUUCCUCGACCCUCACGUACUUUACGUAUUAUUUAAUAACGGUGACGAUGUGGAACAGAAAGUUCCGUACUUCAGAAAUAUAUCUAUUUUAAUAUAUCUAUUUUAAUUUCUACUUUAAUUUCGUUAUUAGUUGCUUUACUCGGACGAGUGCAACGGGGAAGUUUAUCAACAAGCAAUUGUUAUCGGACUAUCGACUCGACGUGCCGCGAAUGGUGUGCCAAUCAUUCGUGAAAAGACCCAUCGGUCGGGUCGAUAGUUUUAAGAGUUCGUCCACACUCUUUGCCUUCCAAAGUCUCUCACUAGUUCACUCUACCUUUCUCAUUGACACAUGUUUACCUCCAGUUCGCAUAUAUCAUGUUACUACGAGCGUACGUACUUGUAAGCGGAGGAGUUUACGGUUUCGAAGUAUCUAGUCACCGAAAAUCGCUUUAGUGUAAAUUGUGCGACAGCAGAUCUCCACGACAGGUUUCUUUUAAUGGACGCGCAACGCGUGGAAAAAUUCGGGACCGAUCUUCUUAGCGAGUAAUCUCGAGAAACUUUAUCAAAAGACAAAAAUACCGAAAAAAAAAAAGAUUCUCUUUAUCGUUCAGACAAGAUAUUGCUAAAUAUAUCAGAGCAGAAUUAUUACGAUUAUGAUAAAUAUAUUGUACACAUAUACAUAUGUAUCGAUAUUUCAUAUUUAUUAUACAGAUAUAUUGUAAUUAUAUUGUAUCGAUUUCGAUACACCGAUAAGAGUUUAGUCGGAAAUGUUAACUUAUACAAUGUUUUAUAUAUAUACAUAUAUAUUAUAUAUAUAUUUGUCGGCGUUCGGUGACAUAUUCUCUUACCAUUGUCAUUUAUGACCUGUAAACGCCUGGACUUAAAGAUCCAUAAGUCUAUUUGCCACGUUUUCGCAUAUUUGCAGAGAAUCAUAAAAACUUCUUUACGACCUUCUCCUUUCGAGUAUAUGAUGGGUUAUUACAAUAAAUGGAUGCACUCCGUUCGUCUAAGCUUCGAAUUUUACAAAAUCUCAAGUUUUCUGAUUACUUCCUAAAAUCCUAUCCUUACCGGUUUUUAACUAAUUGUUAAACCUUUUGCCUUAAAAAAAUUAAAGAUGUUGCUAAAGAUA